GUGCCUUGUGGCGUGGCGUUUUCGUAAUUUAUUUAUAAAAGAAACUAUGCAUGAAAAGAAUAAUAAUAUUCUGUAAAAAAAUUAAAAAUAUCCAAAAACAAUGCCUGGAGCCAAAUGCAAAUUUGCUUUAAACGGACAAAACAAUGGCCUAUUGAUUAACAGAGUAACAAUGACCGACUCGAAGUAUUUCACUACCACCAACAAGGGAGAGAUUUUUGAGUUGAAAUCUGAAUUAAACAAUGAUAAAAAGGAGAAAAAGAAGGAGGCAGUUAAGAAGGUCAUAGCAUCAAUGACAGUAGGCAAAGACGUAUCGGCCCUAUUUCCUGACGUAGUAAACUGCAUGCAAACUGACAAUUUGGAACUCAAAAAAUUGGUUUAUCUUUACUUGAUGAACUAUGCCAAAUCUCAACCUGAUAUGGCCAUUAUGGCGGUGAAUACUUUUGUGAAGGAUUGUGAAGACCCAAACCCCUUGAUCCGUGCUUUAGCUGUGAGAACUAUGGGCUGUAUCAGAGUGGACAAAAUUACUGAAUAUCUUUGUGAACCCUUAAGAAAAUGCUUGAAGGACGAGGAUCCUUAUGUUAGAAAAACUGCUGCUGUUUGUGUCGCUAAAUUAUAUGACAUUUCUUCAGGUUUAGUUGAAGAUCAAGGAUUCCUGGAACAACUCAAAGAACUUCUAAGCGACUCAAACCCAAUGGUGGUUGCCAAUGCCGUGGCUGCUUUAUCAGAAAUUAACGAAAGCAGCCCCACAGGACAACCUUUAGUUGAAUUGAGCACGUCAACGAUUAAUAAACUGCUAACAGCAUUGAACGAGUGCACUGAAUGGGGUCAAGUGUUCAUCUUGGACUCGCUAUCCAAUUACACUCCGAGAGAUGACAGGGAGGCUCAAAGUAUUUGUGAAAGAAUCACAGCAAGAUUGGCUCAUGCUAAUGCUGCUGUUGUCCUAUCAGCUGUUAAAGUUUUAAUUAAAAUGAUGGAGAUUUUACAAGGAGAUGUUGAGUUUUGUAAUACUUUGAGUAAAAAAUUGGCACCACCUUUGGUUACUUUGCUUAGUUCUGAACCAGAGGUUCAAUAUGUUGCUUUAAGAAACAUCAAUCUGAUUGUGCAAAAGAAGCCUGAUAUUUUAAAACACGAAAUGAAGGUAUUCUUUGUGAAAUACAAUGAUCCCAUCUACGUAAAACUGGAAAAGCUUGAUAUAAUGAUUCGUCUAGCUUCUCAAGCUAAUAUCGCCCAAGUUUUGAGCGAGUUGAAGGAAUAUGCUACAGAAGUUGAUGUUGAUUUUGUAAGAAAAGCUGUGAGAGCCAUUGGAAGGUGUGCCAUUAAAGUGGAACCAUCUGCAGAGCGUUGUGUAUCAACUUUGUUAGAUCUGAUCCAGACCAAAGUUAAUUAUGUGGUGCAGGAGGCUAUCGUUGUGAUCAAGGAUAUCUUCAGAAAAUAUCCAAACAAAUAUGAAAGUAUCAUCAGUACAUUGUGCGAAAAUCUGGAUACGCUAGAUGAACCAGAAGCUCGUGCCUCAAUGGUAUGGAUUAUCGGUGAAUACGCCGAACGAAUCGAUAACGCUGACGAACUCUUGGACAGUUUCCUGGAAGGAUUUGCCGAUGAAAACGCUCAAGUACAGCUUCAGUUACUAACAGCCGUUGUAAAACUGUUCCUAAAACGACCACAGCACACUCAAGGUCUAGUGCAACACGUUCUAAGUUUGGCCACUCAAGAUUCUGAUAAUCCCGAUUUGAGAGAUAGAGGAUUUAUCUAUUGGAGAUUAUUGAGUACCGAUCCGGCCGCAGCUAAGGAAGUAGUUCUUGCUGAUAAACCACUGAUUUCUGAAGAAACUGACUUAUUAGAGCCUACACUGUUGGAUGAAUUAAUAUGUCACAUUUCAUCUUUGGCUAGUGUCUAUCAUAAGCCUCCUACAGCUUUUGUGGAAGGGCGCAGUGCUGGUAUAAGAAAAACGUUACCAGCGCGUCAAGGAUCUGAAGAAGCUCCUACUCAGGAAGCAACAGUUAUUCCAAAUCAGGAGAGUCUCAUUGGAGAUUUAUUGUCAAUGGAUCUUGGGGGGCCAACUAUACCCACUUUAGCUGCUGCACCUGUUGUUGCUCCAACUAGUAAUGUGGAUCUGUUAGGUGGAGGAUUAGAUGUUUUGUUGGGUGGUGGUCCAGAAGUAACCAGCAACGUAGGUGCUGCUCCCUCAACCACAGGCCUUCUAGGUGACAUCUUCGGAAUCACAACAACACCUACAAUGUACACGCCACCGAAAGCCUUAUGGUUGCCGGCCAACAAAGGCAAAGGCCUGGAAAUUCAAGGCACAUUUUCUCGUAGAUCGGGACAAAUUUACAUGGAAAUGACUUUGACCAAUAAGGCGAUGCAAGCAAUGACCGGAUUCGCAAUUCAGUUCAACAAAAAUAGCUUCGGUUUGGCACCUUCGGUUCCGAUGAACGUGACUGCGCUGCAACCAGGACAAAGUUUGGAGUAUAGUUUGCCUUUGAGUACUACUGGACCUGUGCAGAGGAUGGAACCGUUAUCCACUUUACAAGUUGCCAUUAAAAACAAUUUCGACGUAUUUUACUAUGCUUGUCAAAUUCCCCUUCAAGUAAUCUUUUUGGAAGAUGGCACCUUAGAUAAACGAGUAUUUUUGACUACUUGGAGAGACAUUCCUUCUGCUAACGAGAUACAGUACACGUUAAAUGACAUCAACGGUGACACGACCGAUUCCAUUUCUAAUAAAAUGACUCGAAACAACAUUUUCACAAUAGCCAAGCGUAAUGUGGAAGGUCAAGAUAUGCUCUAUCAGUCGCUGAAGCUCACAAACAAUAUUUGGGUGCUUCUUGAAUUGAAGUUGACUCCAGGGUUGAGUUAUGCCACCCUGAGUCUAAAAUCUAGGUCCUUGGAAGUGGCUCCUUUUGUAUUUCAGGCUUAUGAAAUGAUUUGCAAGAAUUAAUCAAGUUUUUUAGGCUCAAAUUAUUUUAUCUUUCAAAUAUUUAGAAUUUUAUAGGAUUCUUUUAUUAAUAAUUAGUUAUUUAAUAGACACUUUAUUGAUUGUAUAUUAUUGCGAAUUUUGAGGGCUAGUAUUCGUCUGUUAAAUUUGAAAAAACCGAAUUUCUGCUUUUACAAAAUAUAGAUGAGUGUUGUAGCAAAAACUAAUUAAGGCAUUC